AAAUUCGAAAUCCCAAAUCCCAAAUCAUCUUUCUUCUUCUCCAGCUUCAGCUCCAGCUCCUUCUCCCAUCUCUGAAAUCUCAAUCUCUUUCAAUAUGCCUCCGGCGACGAGAAAUCUCCAGUCGAGAUCCGCCGUCCAGCCUGCCGGUGAGCCCCCCGAGCCGGUUGCGGUGGAUUCCGACGUCGUCGUCAUCCUCGCGGCGCUUCUCUGCGCUCUGAUCUGCGUCGUAGGACUAGCUCUGGUGGCGCGAUGUGCCUGGCUUCGCCGAUCUCUCGGCGGAGCUUCGGUUAAUCCGCCGCCGUCAAAUAAGGGGUUGAAGAAGAAGGCUCUGCGGGCUCUCCCGAAGACAUCUUUUGAUUGCACGGUGGCAGCCAGAGGGCGGCUUGCAGAGUGCCCGAUCUGCCUGGCGGAGUUUGUGCAGGGUGAUGAGAUCCGGAUCCUGCCGCAGUGCGGUCAUGGAUUUCACGUUAGCUGCGUGGAUACGUGGCUAGGAUCUAACUCUUCUUGUCCUUCCUGCCGCCAGAUACUGGUUGUUGCUCCGCGAUCGAGGUGCGAUCGCUGUGGCGCCAGUGGUGUUUCCGGUGAAGAUACGUCGGAGACGGCGGCGGCGGCGGCGAAUGAGAACGGGGCUAAGACCAGGGAGGACGGUGACGCCAACAGUAUCAUUGCAAGGAUGAUGACAACUUUGGAGUCUUUUAUCAUCAGCUCAUGGGGCUCGAAAGCUGGUGGGCGUCAGAUCUUCACUGGAGAUAUCUCGUUGCUGGAGGCAUUAUGAAAGAGAUUGAGAUUUCAUGGUUGAGAGAAGAUGCUCAAAGAUUUACUCAUAGUUUCAACCAUCAAAUAUGUUACAUACCCUUCUUAGAGGCAAUUUUGCUUUCUUUAGAGUUGGAUCUCUCAAGAGUGGAAGGGCACCACUUGGUAUUGUACCCAACAUAAAAAGAUUUGAACCAAGGUAAUGUGGACUAGUUGGUAAGAUGAUGGUAUAAUGUCGUCACAUGUCGAGUUUGUCGAUUUGUUGUGUCCAAUGUCAAUCGUCCUGUCUUGCUUUAGAAUCUAAGCCAUCAUGUAUAUAUUAUUGAAAAUGUUGAAAUAGAGUUUACUAACAUUUAUUUAUUUAUUUAUA